AUGGGGCGGAUUCGGACGGCGUGGGUGGCGCGGGCGUCUUCGCGUGAGCUGGACGCUUUUUUGCGCCAACGGGCGUGGCACUUCACUGCGAGUGGCAAUUACGCCAUCGCGGCGGAUUAUGUAAUUCGCAUCUUGAAUCGUUGCCCGAGUGACCCUGCAGGGCUUCUUUUGGGCGAGGUUGCCGCAAAGUUUACGCAGCAGGACGUGUUUCUGGCGAAGUGCCGCGAGGCGCAGCGGCGUCUGUGCGCGCAGAGGAGCGUCGCGGAUGCGCUGCAGCUUGUGCCCGCGGGGGCGGAGCGGGAGAAGCUGCAUGCGUUGCUGCAGAAGGCACGGGGGGUGCCAGAGGCAGUGGGGGCGGUGGAGGAGCAACUAGCCGUUCAGGAGACGGAGCCUUUCGCGGAAACGCAGGGCGCCGUGCGCAUCAUGGCGCAGCGGGCGGGACCGCUCCCCCUUGUGGAGUUGCAGCAGCCAAAGCAAAGCGUCUACGGCCGCGGGAUUUACGCUCUGACGCGCGUCGCCUCUGGCACGCCGGUGAUGGUGGACCAGCCGUUUCUCGUGCAGCGGAUGCGGGGCGACGCCUGCGCGCACUGCCUGGCCCCAGUUGGGAGGGGCGGGGGCGCCGCAGGUGGUGUGCCGUGCGCGCACUGCAGUCGGGAGACGUACUGCAGCGUGGCCUGCCGAGACGCGGCGUGGCGCGAGUACCACGUCUGCGCCUGUAGAUCCCGCAACGAAAUGUACGCCGCCUGGGAGGACGCGAUGCAUGGACGGUUGCUGUCGGAUGACACGGAGGAGUCGCGUGCGGCCCUCGCCUGCCUUGCGGUCGCCAAACUCUGCGCCCUGUCGACGGUGCGGCAGACGCAUCCACUCGCGUUGCCGCGAAUUCGCUCGUUGCGUGGGCGUGCGGACUACGACGCGGCCACGGCCCUCGCUGAGGUGGGAGCGCUGGCCGUCACGCUGGCGACGGCGCUGCACCAGACGCACCUUUACAUGGAGGAGGUGCUCUCGCUGUUUGCGAUUGUGCAGACGAAUGAGUUCCUGCUUCCAAGUGGCACCGCCCUCUACCACGGCUACUCCCUUCUCAACCACAGCUGCGAGCCCAACUGCGCCCUGGUUGGAUCAGACGCGGCCAAUCGCCGUCUCGUGACGCUGCGGGAGCUGCGGGAGGGUGAGCAGCUGUUUAUUAAUUACAACGCCAGCCUCACAACGCGUGCGUCGUACGCGGACAGGCGUGCGCUGUGCCAGCAACGGCACUUUGAGUGCUUCUGCCCCAAAUGCGUCCGACGGGAGUGA